AGCAGAAUGAAUACCUUAAACAGUGUGCGAUGCCGGGCAAGUGCCACAGGCCCCUUCCAAUCUCUGAGAUCGUCAUCGGCCUUGGCCCAGCCUCAGGUCAAAGCCAAUGUGUCUGAGGAAUCGAAAGCCUUUAGCGAGAUUCCACGACCAAGUAAACUGAAAUUCAUGAGGGCCUUUAUGCCCGGUGGUGAAUUCUAUAAUGCCUCCAUUACGGAAUAUACUUCAACGAUGCGAAAGCGAUAUGGCGAUAUAUUUAUAAUGCCAGGAAUGUUUGGGCGCAAGGAUUGGGUCACCACAUUUAAUACCAAGGAUAUAGAGAUGGUUUUCCGCAACGAGGGAAUCUGGCCACAUCGCGAUGGCCUGGAUUCGAUAGUAUAUUUCCGCCAACAUGUGCGACCCGAUGUUUAUGGAGAGAUGCAGGGUUUGGUGGCUUCACAAGAUGAAACUUGGGGCAAGCUCCGUUCAGCCGUAAAUCCUAUAUUUAUGCAACCCAGAGGCUUGAGAAUGUAUUACGAACCCUUGUCCAACAUUAAUAAUGAGUUUAUAGAAAGAAUUAAAGAAAUUCGCGAUCCCCAGACCUCGGAAGUGCCCGACAACUUUAUGGACGAAGUUAGCCGAAUGAUUUUUGAGUCUCUGGCUCUGGUGGCCUUUGAUAGGCAAAUGGGUUUGAUCAGAAAGAACAGGGAUAAUCCCGAUGCCAUGACCCUUUUCCAGACCACCAGGGAUAUCUUUCGAUUGACCUUCAGCUUGGAUUUCCAGCCCUCGAUGUGGAAAAUCAUCUCCACUCCUACUUACAGAAAAAUGAAGAAAACCCUGAACGACAGCUUGGAUGUGGCCCAGAAAAUGCUGAAGGAAAAUCAAGAUGAGCUGGAAAAGCGCCGCAUAGCGGGGGAAAAUAUUAAUAGCAAUAGUAUGCUGGAGCGAUUGAUGGAGAUCAAUCCCAAAAUGGCAGUGAUCAUGAGCUUGGACAUCCUUUUCGCUGGUGUGGAUGCCACUUCCACGCUUCUGGCUGCAGUUCUCUUGUGCCUCUCCAAGCAUCCGGAGAAGCAGCUGAAGUUGCGAGAGGAGCUGCUAAGGAUUAUGCCCACGAAAAAUACUCUGCUCAAUGAGGAGACCAUGAAGGAUAUGCCCUACUUGAGGGCAGUGAUCAAGGAGACACUGCGAUAUUAUCCCAAUGGCUUGGGCACCAUGAGGACUUCUCCAAAUGAUGUGGUGCUAUCUGGAUAUAAUGUGCCCAAGGGGUCUACUGUUCUAAUGGGUGCCAAUGUUCUCAUGAAGGACCCCGUCUUCUAUCCCCGUCCUAAUGAAUUUCUGCCCGAACGCUGGCUAAGGGAUCCUGAGACGGGCAAGAAGAUGCAGGUCAGUCCCUUCACCUAUUUACCCUUUGGCUUUGGACCUCGAAUGUGCAUCGGCAAGAGGGUGGUGGAUCUGGAGAUCGAGACCAGCGUGGCCAAGCUGAUUCGCAAUUUCCAGGUGGAGUUCAACAGGGAUGCCAGCAGGCCCUUCAAGACCAUGUUUGUUAUGGAGCCCGCUAUACCAUUUCCCUUCAAGUUCACCGAUAUUGAACAGAAAGUGACUGAGUAUUAAGUUUUGUGGCGCAAUAAGUUCCUUAUAGAUAUAGCUUGGCAUGUCAACAAUAAUUUGUUUUUGUUAAUAAAAAUAUAGGUAUAUAUAAAGUGUUUGUAGAUAAGACAA